AUGCCUGCCGCUAAAGCACCAAAGCCUUUUGGUAUUGCCUUCGUUCAUGGAGGCUUUCAUCUACCCUCCUGUUUCGACCUGGCAAAGAACCGUCUAGAGGCAAUCGGGUUUUCCCCUGUCGUUGGUGUUCGCCUCCCCAGCGUCGGAACCGACCCGAGGGUGACAGUUGAAGACGACGCUCGCAGCAUCCAGACAGCGCUGGACCCGUAUUUGGAGCAGGGCAUUGAGUUUCUUGCCCUAGCGCACUCGUAUGGCGGCACGCCACUGACAGUCGCAAGCAAGGGGUACUCCGUAAACGAGAGAGCUGCACAGACGGGGAAGAAGAGGGGGGGGAUCCGAGCUGUUGUUUAUAUAACGGCCAACAUGCCUCCCCAAAAGGGAGCAAGUGCGUUGAGUGUCAUGCCUCCGGGCCUGGAUAUUGUCGAUGUAGUGGACGGUCUGGUAACUGCCAAUCAGAAGGCCAAGGCGGCUUUUUACGGACCCGAUAUGCCGGACGAGCUUGCAGACGAAUGUAUGGCGGCUUUGUUACCGCAGUCGCAGAAUGCUCUGUUCGGUCCCUCCCCUAUCGGGCUGGAGGAUCUGACUAUUCCGGCUUACUACAUUCUCUGCGAAAAAGACCAGACCAUUCCCCCUGCGAUACAGGAACAGAUCAUAUCUACUAUCCCAACGCUUAAGCGGGUACUGCGCAACCCUGGUGGCCACGCCGCCUUUAUUACUGAAGUUGAAAAGUUUGUGGAGCAGAUCAAUGAGAUUGCGGAUGAGGUUGAAGAAGAGGAACUUAGCAAGGAAUAG